AUCAAAUAAGCCACUUAAAAGUAUCAAUUCAUAUAUUUUGUGAUACAUUGUAAUUGAUCACUUAAGAUAAAAAUCUAUUUCGUAACCUCAGAUUAAGAAUAAAAGAGGUGUGUAAAAAAAACAAAGUUCAAAAUCAAAUCAGGCUUGAAUUUAUUGUGAUCUGAAUCAAAAACAAGAAUAUGUCAUACAGAGGACCAAAUCAAUUUAAUAACCAAUUUAGAGGUGGUCAACCAAACUCCCCUCCAACUAACAUUGGUCCAGUGUCUUCUUCCAAGACUCCACUUGAGAAGUUUGAAGGUAUUUCAAAGGGAGUGGAAGAUCUUAUAGACGAAUACUCUAGACCCCUCAAACCUUAUGUUCCUGCCAUAGGAAGAGCCUUUAUUGUUGCUACAUUUUAUGAAGAUUCUCUUAGAAUCAUUUCACAAUGGUCAGAGCAAGUUUACUAUUUACACAAUUACAAACAUAUAUACCAUUGGCUUACUGUUUUGUUCUUGUUCCUUAAUAUUAUUGUUAUGUCAAUUGCUUCAACAUUCUUAAUUUUAAGAAAAAAGAAUGAAAUUGCCACUUCUGCAUUAGUUAUUGUGGUCAUUUUCCAAGGUUUAUUCUAUGGAUUGAUCUUUGAUGGUCAAUUUAUCUUGAGAAAUUUGUCAGUGGUUGGUGGUUUGAUUUUAGCAUUUUCUGAUUCUUUGGUCAGAGAUAAGCGUUCCUUGUCAAUGCCUGGCCUUCCAAUGCUUAACAAUCAAGAUAACAAGAAAUAUUUCUUACUUACUGGUAGAAUUUUAUUGGUUAUCUUAUUUUUAGGUUUUGUAUUUUCUGCCAGUUGGUCAUUCUUAAGAUUGACUGUGAUUUUAGUUGGAUUCAUUUCAUGUGGUUCAAUUAUUGUUGGUUACAAGACAAAGUUUGCUGCUUUCAUUUUAACUGUUUUAUUAUUCACUUAUAAUGUUUUCGCUAACCAAUUUUGGAAGUAUGGUGCUAAGGAUUCUAGUAGAGACUUUUUAAAGUAUGAAUUCUUCCAAACUUUAUCAAUUGUUGGAGGUCUUUUAAUUAUUGUCAAUGCAGGUGCUGGUGAAUUAUCUUUGGAUGAAAAGAAGAAGAUUUAUUAAGGAGUGAGAAAGGAGAGAAAUGAAUAUAGGAAGUGGAUAAAAAUAGCUAAACAUACGAUUUUUUAUUUUAUUAUAAAACCAUCUUACUUUAUAGAGAAGGAAUAAGUGCUAGAAGAAGAUUGUGUAUAUUGUGUAUUUUUAAGU